AAAAUAAAAUUGAAUUUGAAUUACUAAAUAAUAACCUAAUUUUUAAACUAAUAAAUUAUUGUUUACAUCUUUAGAAGUGCCGUGUACGUAUUUACUUUUUAGUAAGCUACGUUAUUAUUAACCUUAAAGUAUACUUACGAUAAACAAGAUAAAGAUGAUAUUACAAUUAGUAAGAAGUUUUCACACAAGUAUAAGUUGGCGGGCUGCUGAGUCUUCUUUAUUGGCAAAGUUGAGGAAGAAAACUGGUUAUACAAUAGCUAAUUGCAAGAAGGCACUUGAAAUGCACAAUAAUGACACUGAUAAGGCGGAGGCAUGGCUAAAUGAGCAAGCUCAAGCCAUGGGAUGGGCAAAAGCUACUAAAUUAGCAGGGAGGAAAGCAAUCCAAGGGCUAGUUGCAGUAAAGUUUGAUCAUAGCCAUGGUGCUUUAGUGGAGCUUAAUUGUGAGACAGACUUUGUGGCAAAGAAUGAGAAGUUUCAAAAAAUGUUGGAAGAUGCAACCCUUGCAUGUUAUAAGUUUGCUCACACUAACCUUCAGGCCAAGGGUCCUGUUACAAAAAUGGAGUUGGACAGCGAGCAACUUGGCAACAUGAAUGUUGAUGGUAAAAAACUAUCUGAAGUUCUAGCUCUUUUUAUUGGAUCUGUUGGGGAAAACGCCGUGCUUCGUCGCGCCGAAUGCUGGAAAGCCAAUAGUAGUGACGUUAAAAUAUCCGCUUACACCCACCCAGCUCCGGCUGUCGCGUCAGAAUAUUCUGCAGGAAAAUAUGGAGCCCUAUUAGCCUACAAGCAACCAAAUGACCAAGAAGACAUGGGAAGACAGUUGUGUCAACACAUUGUCGGUUGUGCGCCAUUGAAAAUCGGGAACAAGGACAACGACUCCCCAGCCAUAAACUCCGAUGAUGAAGUCUGCCUCAUUUACCAGGAGUACCUUUUGGAUCCUUCAUACACGGUGCAAGAGAUUCUCGAUGAAAACAAAGUUGAAGUUAUCGAUUACAUUAGAUUUUCUUGUGGUGAAUCUGAAGAAUCCCUUCCAGGUGUAGAAAAGCAACCGUUGGAUACUGUUCAAACAUUACAGUAGAUGUAGAUAUUGUCGGUCUUAAUAGAUAUUUAUUUUAAAUAAACUCAAAAAAUUAAAAAGUCAA